AAAAAAUCAGCUGAUCUUGUUAGCUGAUCAGCUGAUCAAACUAUUUCAAUUUCAUGUUUUUUUCAAAUUUAUGUUUUUUAUUUUCUUCAAAGUUUUCUUCCUCUGAAACAAAAAUACUAAACAUAGAAAAUAAUUGAUGUACAGAACAUUGAAUUUUAUUCAUUGGUACAGAAGUGUGAAAUCAAAAUUUAAUAACCUAACUAAACCUUUGUUAUAAACAAAUUGAUUUUAUGUCCCAAGUGGGGAGUGUGGGGACGCUAACCCGACAAAUUAGUAAUUAUCUAGGAAAUUGCAAUAGAAAAUAGAAUAAGUUUAGACUACUCUAUAUAAAUGAAGAUAAUUGAAAUGUGAAGAAAUAUACUUAGGUAUAUGUAACAUGGUCUACAUAUUAACAGCAAUACUCUUAUUUAGUUUCACUGUCAUUGAAGCUGAUUCCGACAAUGAAAACCAAACAGAAAAAUUCAAUCCAUUAGGACCUCUAAUAAAGUGUUCCUAUCUCUCUUGGGAAUUUAUAGACUGUGAUGAUCCUGUUGAUCAUAAAGGUAACAAAACUGCCUUGGAAGAACUCGGAUAUGGAUGUCUAAAGUUUGGAGGCAUGAAAUAUGAUGAUGUAGCAAAGACACAAACGAUUUGUAGAGCUUUAGAUAAAAUUGAAUGUUAUGGGAAUAGAACAUUUUUGAAGCCUGGUGUACCCUGUGUUCGAUACUCAAACCAUUAUUUUACUACGACAUUGCUGUACAGCAUUUUGUUGGGCUUUCUCGGCAUGGAUAGGUUUUGUCUUGGACAAACAGGGACAGCUGUUGGUAAACUAUUAACUUUAGGAGGACUGGGAAUAUGGUGGAUUGUAGACAUUGUAUUAUUGGUUACAAAUAACUUGAUACCUGAAGAUGGCAGUAAUUGGAACCCAUAUGUGUAAUAAAUGGUUUGCUUUUUAAUUUAUUAUUUCAUUAGGUACAGAGUAAAAAAUUACAAUCAAUAAUUUAUAUUUAUUUGGUUUUAUAAUUUAAAUUAGUGAAAUUUAAUUUAAUAACUUAAUAUUCUCAAAUAUACCUUUAAAGGAAAUAGUUUAACAUGUGGUACUUGUUUUACUCUAACUACAUGUAAACCUUAAUUCUAAGUUGAAUAUAUAGAAUGUGUACCAACACAAGAACCAUAUUUUUUUUAAUUAUAGUGAUAUUGCUAAUUAAUGAUGAUGUUAUUAGGUAGUUACUGAAGAGUCUACCUAAUGAAUUAAUAAUUAAUAAAAUCUAAAAGAGAAAAAACAA